GAGAGUGACCUUGGUUCUUAUACAAUUACCGUCGUUACAAGAGAUUGAGAGAAACCGUUAGGGGGCCCAGACGAAGUCCAACUAUAAAGGAGCUGAUCAGUGUUCCAGAUUUAUCGUUCACCAUUCGACAAUCAACUAGUGAACAACAACAUAUUAUCAAUGAUGUUUUUUGCACUUGGUCUAGUUCUAUUGGCUAUGAAUUGUGAUGCCGUUUUGAUUAGAUACGGACAUGAAGGAUACGGAAAUUAUGAAGGACACGAUGGUUAUAAAGAAUAUGAAACAGCAGUCUCACACUCAUCUGUUAUCACUCCUGUUCUUAGUAAAUUGAUCUAUGGUGUACCAACUUAUGUACAAAAUUAUGGACCGUACGAUCAUAACGAAGGACAUGCUUAUCCAAAAUAUUCCUUCAAAUAUGGUGUCCAUGAUCCCCAUACUGGUGACGUUAAAAAACAAGAGGAAGUUCGUGAUGGUGAUGUGGUUAAGGGUUCUUACAGUUUAAACGAACCUGAUGGUACAAUUCGUGUGGUCGAUUAUACAUCUGACCCACACAAUGGAUUCAACGCUAUUGUCAAAAAAAUCGGACAAGCUGUACAUCCUACGCCACUCGUCAAGUAUAUUGCCCCUGAAUACGGAUAUGAGAAGCAUUACUAAAUGAAUAUAACGUGGUUUUCGAUUGUCUACUUCGGAAUCGAUGAAAUUGAUUAAAGAUUAUUCAUGAUUUCAAUAAUAUAUGUAUGUGUACAUAAUACCUGUUAAAUUACUUAGAAUAAAUUGAUGCAUUUAAGAUAAAUAAUAAAGCAAACAAUAGAUAGACAUUAAAAGCGAUUUUUAUUCUUAUUAUUUAAAAAAAAAUUGUUGAAAUAAUUCAAAAUCAAUUAAUUCGAUAGCUCAAUAAAUGGUGUAACCUUGAUACUUGAGAUAAAUUUUGAAAAUCUAUACUAUAAAAUUUACCGUAAGUA